GUAGAAGAGGGGGGUGGGGGUGUACAAUUGGAACAGAUGGAGAUUCGUGCGCCGUUGCUUGCUUGCUUACUUCUUCAAGUGGAGAAGAAUAUCCUUUACUAGUACUUCACUUUACUCUGUUUCUUCUUUGUACUCUUCUACCAUUGAAAAGGACGAUUACGAUUAAUAAUUCACACGACAAUGAUCAAAUCAAAUAAUAGCUUCUUAAACCCUCCAUUCCAUUCUUCAACACUCAUGAACGACACUGCUUCAACCUGAACCUUCCUUCAUCUCAGAUGGUUUCCUCUUUCGCUUUUAAUCCUCUCAUUUCUUCCUCCUUCAACAUUGCUUCCACCACUCACCACACCUCAACAAAUAAGCAGCAUCUUGUCACGCAAAAGCCGGUACAACUGGCACUUGUCUAUCAGAAUCCAAAUAAUGGAUGUAAGGUGUUCCAUUUUGGAUCAAUAUAUCAGAAGGUCAGUUCUGGUUUCAAGGGUGUAGCCGUUAUGACAGAUGACAAGUCAACAAUGUCAUCAGUUGAAGAAGACUUUGAAAACAUAGGCCUCUUGGAUGUCGAUUCAUCCCUAAAACCAUUCAAAGAUCACUUCAAAUAUAGACUGAAGAAGUAUCUAGAUCAGAAAAAGCUCAUUGAAGAUUAUGAAGGAGGUCUUGAGGAAUUUGCAAAAGGUUAUCUGAAAUUUGGAUUUAACAGAGAAGAAGAUGGCAUUGUGUACCGUGAGUGGGCACCUGCUGCUCAAGAAGCACAAAUUAUUGGGGAUUUUAAUGGAUGGGAUGGUUCCAACCAUCACAUGGAAAAAGACCAGUUUGGUGUAUGGAGCAUUAAGAUCCCUGAUGCUGAUGGAAACCCAGUUAUACCUCACAAUUCAAGAGUGAAGUUUAGGUUCAAACAUAGCGAUGGAUUUUGGGUUGAUCGCAUCCCCGCUUGGAUUAAAUAUGCCACUGUCGAUCCUUCCAGAUUUGCCGCACCCUACGACGGUGUCUACUGGGAUCCACCACUUUCAGAAAGGUAUGAGUUUAAAUAUCCCCGUCCACCGAAGCCCAAAGCUCCACGGAUAUAUGAAGCUCAUGUGGGAAUGAGUAGCUCUGAACCCCGCAUAAACUCUUACAGAGAAUUCGCAGAUGAUAUUUUGCCACGUAUUCAGGAAAAUAACUAUAAUACAGUGCAGCUGAUGGCUGUGAUGGAGCAUUCCUAUUAUGCAUCAUUUGGAUAUCAUGUAACAAACUUCUUUGCUGUGAGUAGUAGAUCUGGAACCCCCGAAGAUCUUAAAUAUCUGAUAGAUAAGGCCCAUAGCCUAGGUUUGCAUGUUUUGAUGGAUGUUGUCCAUAGUCAUGCUAGUAAUAAUAUUACCGAUGGACUCAAUGGCUUUGAUGUGGGCCAAAGUUCACAAGAAUCUUACUUUCACACCGGGGGUAGAGGCUACCACAAAUUAUGGGAUAGUAGACUUUUUAACUAUGCCAACUGGGAAGUUCUUCGUUUCCUUUUAUCUAAUUUAAGGUGGUGGCUUGAUGAGUUCAAAUUUGAUGGAUUUCGAUUUGAUGGAGUAACGUCAAUGCUGUAUCAUCAUCAUGGAAUCAACAUGGCAUUUACAGGGGAUUAUAAUGAAUAUUUUAGUGAAUCAACUGAUGUGGAUGCUGUUGUCUAUUUGAUGCUGGCCAACUGUCUGGUCCAUAAUAUUUUGCCAGAUGCAACUGUCAUUGCUGAAGAUGUUUCUGGCAUGCCUGGACUCGGCCGACCAGUUUUUGAGGCGGGAAUUGGUUUUGACUAUCGACUAGCCAUGGCUAUCCCUGAUAAGUGGAUUGACUACGUGAAGAACAAGAAAGACUAUGAAUGGUCAAUGAAGGAGAUUUCUUCGAAUUUGACAAAUAGGAGAUACACUGAGAAAUGUGUCGCUUAUGCUGAAAGCCACGACCAAUCCAUUGUUGGGGACAAGACUAUUGCAUUUUUACUAAUGGAUGAAGAAAUGUAUUCUAGCAUGUCUUGUUUGACUGAUGCUUCUCCUACUAUUGACCGAGGGAUUGCUCUUCACAAGAUUAUACACUUCUUAACCAUGGCAUUAGGUGGAGAGGGCUACCUUAAUUUUAUGGGCAAUGAGUUUGGCCAUCCGGAGUGGAUUGAUUUCCCAAGAGAAGGCAAUGGAUGGAGUUAUGAGAAAUGCAGGCGUCAGUGGAAUCUUGUGGAUACAGAUCACCUGAGAUACAAGUUCAUGAAUGCAUUUGACAGAGCAAUGAAUAUGCUUGAUGAUAAAUUCUCAUUCCUUGCAUCAACAAAACAGAUUGUGAGCAGCACUAACAAUGAAGACAAGGUUAUAGUCUUUGAACGUGGUGAUCUGGUGUUUGUGUUCAAUUUUCAUCCAGAGAAUACAUACAAAGGGUAUAAAAUUGGGUGUGACUUGCCUGGGAAAUACAGAGUUGCACUGGAUAGUGAUGCUCGAGAAUUUGGAGGACAUGGAAGAGUGGGGCAUGAUGCAGACCACUUCACAUCCCCAGAAGGCAUACCAGGAGUUCCUGAAACAAACUUCAAUAAUCGGCCCAAUUCCUUCAAGGUCCUCUCCCCACCUCGUACCUGUGUGGUAUAUUAUAGAGUGGACGAAAGCCAAGAAGAAAGCAACAGUGCCAAUUUGGGUGGUGUAGAAGAGUCCUUUGCUGCAGCAGAUACUGAUGCUAUUCCUGAUGUUUCUACAGAGAACAAAGAAGAUGCAGUUGUUACCGACAUUCUUUGAAAGUAAAGUUUUUGCAGACAAAAUCAAAGAAGAUGCAGACAACGGAGAAUCUUUUUUUGUUGGGAAUCUUGGCACUUUUCACUUGUCAACCAACCAAUGGAUGAGAUAAGCAGGUUUUCGGAUAUCAUUGAAAAAGUAAUCCAUAGUAAAUUUUGGAUAAACUGUUGGGAAUGGACUCCUUUCAGACAAACAGAGAGGUCUGUUUGGAGAGAUUGACUCGUAUUUGACUCAUUGAAUACGAGGGUUAAAUCUCUAUAUCUAAAUGGACCUCUCUAUUUACUCAAGAGGAUUCAAACCCAAACUUUGGUCAAUCAAAUCGUCAUUUUAUUAUUAUGUCUAUUAUAUGUAUGUAUAAAGAUCACCAACACCCCCUAAGUUAUGUAUGAAUAAAAUAAAUUUUACUACCACUCAUGUAUAUUGAGAAUCCAUACUAGUGGGGAUCAUGGGAACGUGCAUCUUUAACUAUGUUUCCUCCUUUUUAUUC